CUUCGUCCUACUUCGUCGCACACUCAAUCAGAGUCAAGGACGGAAGCGGCGCGACAUCCUCGCGGACUAACACAAGAUGGCUUCCGCAAUGGCGACGAAGCGUCUUCGCAAGGAGUACUUGGCAUUGAGGAAGAACCCUGAGGCGAACAUUGAAGCGAUUCCUCUCGAGAACAAUAUCCUUGAGUGGCACUAUGUAAUUCGCGGGAUUGGAGUGUACGAGGGAGGGUAUUACCAUGGAAAACUCAAGUUUCCACCGGAAUACCCCAUGAAGCCACCGGCUGUGUACAUGCUAACGAACAACGGCCGAUUCCAAGUCAACAAGCGACUGUGCUUGAGCAUGUCCGACUACCAUCCCGAAACGUGGAACCCCAUGUGGUCGGUGAGCAGCAUUCUGGCUGGGUUGUUUUCCUUCAUGAACGAGAACACUCCAACGUUGGGGAGCAUCGUAACGCCGGACUCGGAGAAGCGGAAGCUAGCGGCGUUGAGUCUGGGCGAAAACUGCCGAGAUCCAACGUUUGUCGCCUGUUUUCCCGAGCUUGUCACGUUGCACGAGCAACUGGAGCGGGCAAAACAGGACGAGCAGGUGGACGAGUCGACGGUGACGACAGAAGUGGCGAGCGGGCUCAACCUCAUGUUCCUCGAACACUCUUCCACACUGAUCGUUGUCCUCGUCAUAGCGUUCUUUGGCGCUGUGAUUCUUUUUCAAGCUUAGGUUUCCCUCGUAAAUUGCCCGUGCAAUACCCAUCUCAAGUUAAACAUCGAUAUGCAGUUGUACUCUAUGCCGUGGUGGUGCCGCGAUUUUCAUCGCCCUUUGGUGCCCAAUCUCUUGGUUGCGAUCCCAUUACGCAUUGACCGUGAGCGCGUUCUGCAGCAGCGUGACGACAUCGCCAGCAUUGGAUGGCGCGUAUCUCUCGGCAUCGGUCAAGGGAGUGCCGCCCCACCGGUCUAUCGCGCGAACGUCCGCACCUUGACGCAGCAGCUCCCUGACCACCGCCACGUGGCCCAUGGAGGCAGCAAUGUGCAUGGCCGUGCGCCCGUCGUAGUCAGAGGAAUGGACCUGUUGUUCAUAAUGUAAGAAUGAGUCGAUC